AUGACGACACGUUCGGCUCAGUUUGCCAUGCCAGAGGUCGCAGCGAUACUUCAGCGUGCGACGUACACGUUCGGCCUCCUGACGAUCCAGGGGGUGUCGACCUGCCUGUACCUGUGCAUGGAUGCCUGCGGGUUCCUCUACGCUAAUAAGGAUCUCACGGACGACUGCGUGUUCGAGGAGCACAUAGAAGAGAAUAACUACAACACGUAUUCGAGGAUACGAGGUGGGAAGAAGACGUUCCUGGCGCUCGACAAUCGAGGGAGGGCGCGCAGGACGCAGAUCCCGGUGAGCCGGCCGCUGGGCAACCUGUCCGGCUACGCGCUGACGCUCACCCACCGCUGGGCCGGACCGCGGCAAUCGCAGUGCCCCCCGCGCCGCCACCGCGGCAAGCUCAAGCGCCCGCCGCCUUUCCACAGGAACUGUCAGCGACGGGUCCAGAAGCAGAAUCUGCGAAAACGGAAGCACAAGAAAGCGAACGACCCCAAGAAAAAGCGGCAUCCCAAAGCGCGGAGAAAACACGGGCACGAGAACAGCACGACGACCACCACCGAGGUGGGGUGGGACGAGUCCACCAUGUCCACCAUGUCCACCACUGACGCGGAGUUUUUUCGCUCGGCGACCGCGCAGGAGGCGGUCGCGCACGCG